CCCAGCAGCCGCCGCCGGACUGGUCGAGGUCGAGACCGAUGGCUGGAUUCGCGACCUCGCGCCCGGCCUCCCUCGCGCUCGCCGCGUUCUUAACCUUCCUCAACAUCUUCGCCUUCCUCCUCGCCGUCGGCGCCGAGCGCCGACGCAGCACCGGGAAAGUGGUGCCGGACGAGUACGAUGACCGCUCCUACUGCCUGUACGACACCGACGCCUCCACCGUGUACGGCGUCGCCGCCUUUUUCGUGCUCCUCCUGUCGCAGGUGCUUGUCACCGGCGUCACGCGCUGCCUCUGUCUCGGCCCUGCGCUCUCCUCCCGCGGAUGCGCCGUCGCCGCCUUCGUCCUCUCCUGGUUGACAUUUCUCACAGCGGAAGCUUGCCUUGUUGGAGGAUCCGCGAGAAAUGCAUACCACACCAAGUAUCUUGGAUACUACAUGAAACAUGACUUGGUCAGUUGUGCCACGCUCCGCAAAGGAGUGUUUGCAGCAGCCGCUGCCAUGAUGCUCAUCAACCUCGUGGCUUCCCUAGUGUACUACUGGAGUUACUCAAAGGCCGCGAACGGCGGGUUCGUCAAGCACCAAAAUGAAGUUAGCAUGGGCAUGACUGAUUACGGACUUGACAAGGGUGGCUCUGGGCCAUGAGCGGCUUUAUGUUGCUUUGCUUGUUCCCCUAGGCUGGGAAGUUACUAUAAGUCACUACACGUUACGUGUGACCGUGUUGCUUGCCUGAAGCUUCGUGCUUGACGAUCUGAUCAUCUGAGUGACAUAAAGACGGUACUGUAACUGUUAUUGUCCAUCUAGUGAUGAACUGAUGAUGAUACUUUUAAGGUGUUGAUCUUGUGUGCUCUGAUAGUAUGGGCUAUCAGGGGUUCAUGUAUUUGAGAUGCUACUGUUGAUCCGAGAGGACAUUAAUGUAAAGUGUCUGUUUUAAGAUCAAACGUGCAGCUCACUGCAUCACCGUGAUAGAACAUUAA